AUGUCUGAGGUAGUCUACGACGUCAUAGUCGUCGGCAGCGGCAAUGCUGGCUUCUGUGCCGCCGCCUCCGCAGUUGAGAGCGGCGCAUCCCGCGUGCUCCUCCUCGAGAAAGCCCCCUUGGCGUGGGCAGGAGGAAAUUCCACGUUUACAGCCGGGGCGUAUCGCACGGUCUUCCACAGUCUCGCCGACGUGCUGCCGCUCGUGAACAACGUGCCCCAAUCCCUCGCCUCCAAGAUCGACAUGGCGCCGUAUACAGAAACAGACUUUCUGCACGAUCUGCAACGCGUGACGAACAGGCGCAGCGACCCGCAGCUCGCGGCGACGCUGGUCAGCGAGUCGAGGGCGACGACAAAAUGGCUGGCGCAGAACGGCAUCAAGUUCCAGUUGAGUUUCAAUCGCCAGGCGUAUGAGAUCGAGGGGCGGUGGAAGUUCUGGGGUGGGAUGGUGCUGAUGGUGCAGGAUGGGGGCAAGGGAUUGACGAGGCAGCAUCAGGAGAAUGCGAGGAGGAAAGGGGUGGAGGUGAGGUAUGAGAGUCCCGUGGUGGGUCUGCUCCGCAAUGACCGCGGCGAAGUCACGGGGGUGAGUGCCAAGAGGGAGAAUGGGGAGACGUAUGGUGUGCUGGCCCGCGGUGGCGUUGUACUUUGUGCUGGUGGAUUUGAGGCGAAUGCAAGUAUGCGGGCGCGGUAUUUGGGUCCAGGGUGGGAUCUGGCAUAUGUACGUGGCACGCCUUACAACACAGGCGAGUGUUUGGAGAUGGCAAUAGGUGAGCUGAGAGCGAAGCCAGUAGGGAAUUGGUCUGGGUGUCAUUCUACCUGCUGGGAUGCUAAUGCUCCGACGGACGCUGGUGAUCAAACUCUUACGAAUCAGUUCACAAAAAGCGGAUACCCUCUAGGACUUAUGUUCAACGUAAAUGGAAGACGAUUUGUAGAUGAAGGGCUAGACCUGCGCAACUACACGUACGCGAAGUUUGGUCGAGCAAUUCUUGCCCAAGAUGACGGAGUGGCAUUUCAGCUAUGGGAUGCAGACAGUGCCAGCUGGCUGCGAAAGGAAGAAUAUGCGGACGAUGUCGUCGAGAGAAUAUCAGCCGACACCCUAGAAGAAUUGGCCAUAAAGCUCAUCACAAAAGGACUCAAGAACUCCGCCAGUCUCAUCGAGUCGAUACGCGAAUACAACCAGGCCGUUCAAUCACACAGGAAAGAGAACCCAGAGCUCAAAUUCGACCCAUCAAAGAAAGACGGUCUAUCUACACGAUCUUCUGCGGGAGGGUUGCAGCUCGAUAAGACAAACUGGGCCCUGCCAAUUGCAAAAGCUCCAUUUCUUGCUGUGAAGGUGACUUGUGGGGUUACGUUUACUUUUGGGGGAUUGAAGGUAGUUCCGGAAUCGUCAGCGGUGAUAUCUGAAUCGACGGGAAAGCCUAUACCCGGCCUGUAUGCAGUUGGCGAAAUGGUGGGUGGGCUUUUCUACGGAAACUAUCCAGGAGGAAGUGGGCUGACUUCUGGAGCCGUCUUUGGACGCAAGGCCGGAAGGUCGGCUGCACAGAGAGCUGCAAAACUCGAUAGUGGAAGGCUCAAUUCAACAAGAUGA